AGCGCAACUUGCUCUCAUCCUCCAACAUUUCCCCCAUUCUUGCAGACAAUAUUCCUCUCAAAUUCGUAAACAUAGACUAGUAUCUCUCUUUGUAUUCCUAUUAUCUUCCUCCGGCGGGCCUUGUCUCUCCUUAAACACUGCUCGCGGGACUUUUCUCACCCAUCCUAGGGAUCCUCAUAUCCUGGACAGAGCAUGACAACCGCCUUCUACGCCACUCAGCACUCAAUGGCGAUCUCAGGCUACGUCUCUGAACCAGUCAAUCCGCCUCAGCCCGAGGAGCAGUACAUUUCGACUUUCUUUUGUCGUGCGCUUUAUGAUUACCAGACCGGCGACGCUUCAUCACUUUCCUUUCGCAAGAACGAUAUCAUUGAAGUGCUGACUCGUCUAGAGUCGGGAUGGUGGGAUGGUCUUCUGGGAGAUGAGCGGGGAUGGUUUCCAUCCAACUAUGUCACUGUCAUCUCCGACCAAGAAGCGGAGGCUGCACUCGGUGCUCCCGACGCUUCAGUUACACAGUCAUCGGUUACAAGUGAUUCUGUGGUGGACAUGGCUCACUCUAUGUCCAGGGCACUGUCAGGAUCAAGUGGAGAGAAUGAUUGGUUAGACUCGGAGGUUGACUACCCUGCCACGAAACAGCUUCUCAACAAUCAGCAGCAGCCGCAGACGAAUGGUCAUACAAAUGGCUCAGGUAUUCAGCACAAUGAUUUUUGGGUCCCUCAGGUAUCCUCGGAUGGCCGAAUAUUUUACGUCAACACGCAAACUGGCCAGCACUCGCGAGAUCUGCCGACAGAGGUCGAAGACCCAGAUGGUGAACUAGCCGCUCUUUCACCGUCCUCCUCUCGUGCCCCUGUAAACACCGCCGCGGUCUUAGCUGCUGCACAGGCCCUCGGUCAAGCCGUAUCUAGCGACUCGAAUGGCGCUGCCGGAUUUGGUCUCCCCCAACGUACGCGAACUCCGGAGCCAUGGGUACGGAGGCUCGCAGACGACGGGUUGUCGUACUACUAUCAGAACAGACUGAACGGCCAGGUAUCAUGGACACUUCCCGAAUCUGAUGAACCCCCUGCAUACAGCAACGGACGCUCGGAAAGCAGCACUUCCAUAUCUACCAUGGCAUCCUCGAGUCAGCCGAUGCAACGUUUACGCUCAGGUUCGACUGCUUCUCGCACACGCGGGAGGAGCGAUAGUGCGGCUGCCAGCGUGUACUCUGACGAUUCAGAUGUACAACCACUGCCCCGUGCGCGCGCCAGAGCAGAAUCUUCGGCAAAUGGAACGAAAGUGGUACGACCGCUCCCUUCGCAUGCACGAGCACAGGAGCAGUUUGCUUUGACACAAGCAGAGGAGAUUGCGAAGUCGUUGCAAAAUGCAUUGUUCCCUCCCCCGCCAGAGUUGCCAAUGGAACUAGCUCAACAUGUUCGAGACGCAGUAGCUUUAGUGACUGAUUAUUUGCAGGCAGCAGGUCCGUCAAGGAGACCGGAACAGGCAAAAGAGAUCGAUAGCCGCGUGUUGGGCGUGGUGGCAGCUGUCCGAAAUUUACUUUAUUGCACUGCUACACCGACAGGACAUAUACCCAGCCAUCUAUACCCGCGUGGCUCGGACUCAAGAUCCAGCUCGUCAGCGCAAGGUCUUCAAGCUCAUUUGAAGGCCGCACAGAGAAAAGUUGCAGGAACGUUGUCGAAGCUAGUACUUUCGGCCCUGGCAUUGCAAUAUGAUCCGGUGCAAUCUAUCAACGACAAGCCGAAUCGAAUGGAAUCCGAUGCGCGAGAACUCGAGCGCUCCGUUGCUGCGUUCGUCCUGGAAGUACAGAGGUUUCAGCAGGAGCAUCCUUCGUCUGGCGCUCAGCAAAACAAUAACGUCAAGCGCUUACGUGGUGUCUUUGUUUCUGAAAACAUUGGUCUUGCUCUUCCUGGCGCAGGAGUGACGGCAAGCUGGAAAGGGUUCGGCUAUCUCCCAACGGAUUAUCAUCCGUCAAGAACACUGCGCUCUGAUCUUGUUGCGGAACUUAAAGCUGCCGUGGGUCCUCUCAGCAAUAAGCUGCAUGAGUUAGUUGCGGUUUCGCAUGACAGUGCAGAUCUUUUGCAAGCCGAAGGUCAAGGUAUAACCGCGUACCUCUCGUCACUCUUGGCAGUUAUCAACGAUAUCAACGUUGCCCAACAUGUUGAUAUUGAUGGUCUCCGAGCGGAGUCUGGUGCUACCGCCAUAUACAUGCAGUACAUGCAAUCGGUAGAGAAGGCUCGACACCUAUUGCGAACGCUGGAACUUGCCACUCAAACGUUAUAUGACGAUUCUGCCUCACUGUUCCUCACGAUCCAGCAGUCCCACGUGCAAGAGCAGUAUUACGACCUUUCGUUCGUGGAUCGUUCAGUGCAGCAUGACCAUAUCGAUGCCCUUGCUGAGGCGAUAUCGUCAAAUCUCAGAGUAGUUACUGACGUUCUGGAGGGAAUGGUCGCCGUUGGCCACGACCAGGCAGAUAUCGGACAAGCUACGUACAGCACCUCUAUUCAAUGGCGACAAUCUCGAUUAAGCAUCCUCGAUGGCGCUGUUGACCCUUUCAUGCAGCCGCGACAGCCAGAGCAGGAGGACGUUGUCGAUAUGGAAUUGGCCUUUGCUCGACCUGGAAUGAGAACUAUGACUUCUAUGGAGACGGGCGGUAGUUCUACACUCUACCAGAACGGUUCUCAAUAUUCCGAGACGUCGUUGGGAAUGUCUGAUCGCUCAAGGUCGGAGGAUCCCAACGAACCUGUCACUCCGACGUGGCCAUCACAGGAUACUUCGGAUGCUGGUACCUUCAUCGGUGCGCCUUCGUCAAAUGAUGAUCUAUUGGAUGGCCAAUCGAGUCCUCUACUCGACGAUUUCGAUGAGGCGGGACCAUCCUCUGUCAAGUCGCCACCUCGUGCUGCGAAGUUGAUGAAGCUUCUCGGUUCGGAUGCACCACAACACUACCUGGCUAAGCUCAAUGCAGACGCUAAGCCGUGGUAUCUUCGCCCUAAUUAUGAUCAAUCUGAAAUCUUGAUCGACCCGGAUGGCGGUGUCCGAGCUGGGACUACGACUGCUUUAGUUGAGCGAUUGACGGCACACGAACAUGGCGAUCCUACGUUCAUUAAGAAUUUCUUGAUGACCUUCAAGUCGUUUAUGACUUUGGAUGAGUUGUUCAACCUCCUUGUUAAUCGGUACUGGAUCAAACCGCCGGAAAACCUCAACCCAACGGAGUUGGAGGAAUGGACAAAGCUGAAACAGCACGUCAUCCGGAUGCGUGUCUUGAACACCUUUAAAGCCAUGGUCACUGAUGACGAUCUACUCGAAAAGGAGGACAUGUGGAUUCUGGACAGGAUGAAGGACUUCGCUUCAAAUCCUGAAGUUGUAUCUUUCGCAGCCGCUAAGCAAAUCAUCAUCCUGAUCGAGCGUGCACAAAAGGGAGGCGAUGGUCCGAUCAAGACUACAAAUACCCUUCCCAAUGCUCCACCAGCACCUAUCCUACCUAAAUCAUCAAAGAAGCUGAAAUUGCUCGAUAUUGACCCCGUGGAACUUUCAAGGCAACUAACCCUGAUGGAGGCCACUUUAUACAAGAAGAUUCGACCAAUGGAAUGCCUUCAACGUUCCCGUGAGGCGAAACCAGGAAAGACCCCCGACAAUAUCACGUCGAUCAUUCAGCUCAGCAAUAGGAUUGCGAAUUGGGUGGCGGAUACCAUCCUCGAACGAGAAGACUCGCGGAAACGAGCUACGAUUGUGAAGCACUUCAUCAGUGUGGCUGAUCGUUGCCGAGGAAUGCAGAAUUUCUCUACCAUGGUUGCCAUCAUUUCUGGUCUCAAUACUCCUCCUAUCCGUCGUUUGAAACGUACCUGGGAGCAAGUGAAUGCAAGGUUCAUGACGCAACUUGGGACGUGCGAAGCAACCAUCGACACGAACAAGAACUUCAAUAACUACCGGUCGACGCUGGCUAGAAUCACGCCACCUUGUGUUCCUUUCAUCGGUAAGUACUUUCAUGCAUUUUUCCCGUGGCCCAACGUUGAGCGCUGUCAUUAUAGGUGUCUACCUCACUACGCUCACUUUCAUCAAUGACGGUGCGGAAGACAAGAUCUCCGGUCAAAUGGUCAAUUUCCGCAAGCGUCAGAAGGCUGCUGAGGUCAUCCAAGAUAUCAAACGGUGGCAGGCCAUACCGUAUAGUUAUCAAACCGUUGCAACCGUCCUCGCGUACCUUGAAGAGUCCUUUAAUAAGUACGGCGACGGUGUGGACUAUGGUGAUCAAUUCUGGAAUACCAGUUUGCAGCGAGAACCAAGAGAAAGAGAAGACGAGAAGAUGGCACGAUUACUGCAGGAAAGUGGUUUCCUAUAAACUAUGCACGGUGUUGGGGAUGUACGCGUUUUAUUAUUACUGUUGGGAUUGCGUCGGGACUGAUCAUGAUACCUGGAUAUCGGUCAUUGUGCUAUCUAUAUGUAUCAUUCACCAUCGCUUGACUUAUGCUGUACAAUUUAUACUUCGCUUUCGGUUCUUUGCAUUCACAAACUUACAAUGUUGGAAAUAUCGAUAAUACUAUGCUCUUUCUGCUAUGAUUAUGAUGCCUCCUUUGUGUUACAGUUGCUGAGGCUCCGUCUAAUAUUACAAAGGUUUACAAUGAUAUUGUACACAUUAUUGCAGAAGUGUCUCGAGGCUUCUACGAACUCGAUCCUCUAGCCCCUUCCCAAUAAACACUAAUUUACCCUCGCCAGGCAAACCCAUAUCCGCCGAGGGGGUCUCCUGUAUUGACGAAAUCUCGUACAAACUUCGAACGCCUUGCAAUACAUACGUCUCUCCACCCUCAACCCUAAAUAUACCCUUACAUCGGAGGAUUUGUACAGGCGGCGAACCUUGAGGAUCAUCGGGCAGCCGAUUCUCCCAAAGGACUGUUCGUAUCCAUUCGUCAAUUUGCUGCAAUUUCGACUGUUUGAGUGGAGGACAGGAGACUUGGAGACUUGAUAUUCCGCGGAUCUCAUAGUGAUGUGGAUCGCGUUCAUGGGUAUGAUCAUGACCAGCUUCGCUGCAUGAAGAAUCAGGAUGUGAAGCAUGACUAUGUCCAGCCAGGGUUUCCUUGGGAAGGACUCUCCUGGCUGAAUAUGCGUCUAUGCCCAUGAUGUAUCUCAAGUCGAUCUCUCCUCGAGUUGUUCGGUAAAUUGUUGCCGCUGGG